AUGCCUCGCUUUCGCGCGCCUUCAGAGCCCAAGGCUCCCUCGAGCCAGCUCCUCGAGUCAUUCGAGCGGCCCGCCAAGCCGACCGAGCCCUCGCUCCAGCUUCUCCCAUCCGCUGAACUCGAGGACCCGGCCUCGCCUGGCUUCGCAGCGAGGCUCGUCGAGCAGCGCAAAGCGGCGUCGGUGCCCCCUUCUGAGCAGAUUGAGCAACAGCGCACGUCUUGCAAGGCGGUUUGCGACGAGCUGAGCGCGCUGACCCUUGACCAUCCAGCGCAAGACGAGUCGGAGUCGGAGGACAGCGCGAUGGAUCCUGCUUUCGCCGGUCGACGUGCUUUCGAGAUGGAAAGGUCGACCCCGCCUCGCCGACCCUUGGCGAGCAAGUCGGAGACGGCUUUGCCGUUGCCCGCCGCCCCCUCGCGCCGCCCUCGUCCCGAGCCCAUCUUCACGUCGCAACCUCUUCGUCCCGCCCCGCAAGCCGUCCAGACGCCCUUCUCAGUUCGACUGCGUCGUAGUUCAAGCUUUGCCCAGCCAGCCACCCCGUCGGCCUUGUCUCCUCCGCCAUCUGCCUUCUCGACCUCUCCUCCUCGCCUGCCACCGCUCCCUCACCUUCCAGCGCUCGGCGAGGACUACACUGGACCAACGAGCUACGCCAACUGGACGGUCGCGAACGAGGCUGAAGUCGAGCUUGCCAAGAUUGCUGCGUCCGCCGCGUCUGUCGAGGACGUCCUGAAGGAUGCAGACGCUGGACGGGACUUCUUGCAGUUCUGCGCCAGUCUUCCCGGCAGUCGCGCUCUUCCCGCCGCCUCGCUCUGCUCCGAUCUCCUCGCCUUUUCCGCCUUGAGCCAAACAUUCCAGUCGACGUCGAACGCGCUUGCCUCGACCUACCUCUAG